GCUUUCUCUCUCGUCCUAAAACACAGAUUUUCUCUAUGAGAACUUGUGCAUUCUGCAUUCUUCAUCAUGGCCUCUGCUAGAGCCUGGAUUUCCACGUCAGAGAGAAGCCUAAUGGUUGAAAAAAAUAUCACAUAGAAUUGGAAUGCCAGUAUCUGUCUCCACAAUUGCCUUAGCUGAAAAUAAAACAAAAUGUGUUGGGUGGGCACUGGCAAUGGAGCCUGAGGAAACAUUUGGCCUGAUUUUUUCUGACUUUCCUAGAUAAUUAUAUAGGAUGAAACAGUCUCAGUAAUACUGAGAAAAUUAUCGAGUUACCUCUGCUCAUUUCAAACCAAAGCCUUUGUGAGUAUAAUGCCCAGCAGUGAAUGGGCAGGAUGAGCAGGUCUUUGUAGACUGUGAGUAUGUGUUCAGGAAGCUGAAUCAUCUUGGAUUUCUCAAAAAGCAGUAACUAUGUUAUUAGUCUUAGACCUGUGAAGACAGGAAGAGAAGUCACAAGGAAGGCAUAGCAUGCUUAUGGUAUGCUUGGGUAUCGAAUAAUAAAAUCUAUCUGCAAAGAAUAAUUUGUCCUAAUGGCACCUUCAGAUGAUAUAAUCUUGAAUUCUCUGUAGCCUUAGAGAUGUAAAGAAAAAGCAACUUACGUCACAAAGAUCAGUAUCACUGUAUACUAUGAUGCCACUGCAUGGGGUCUGGGAUGAGAGUCUAAGUGACUGGUUCUCUCUAGCUGAAGACAAGAAGACACUCAGGUAUGUGGUAGCAGUUGGGAUAGGCCAUGGGGAGGUGAGACAUCAUUCCUUCUAAGACAUCUAUCCUGCAAGAUCCAUCACAGGAACACGAUAGUGAUGGAGACUCCCUGUCUCUGGCAAUUAGAGUGGGUGCUGAAGAAGAGCCCUUUUCCAGCAUGCCAGUCCCUAACAUGAUGCUGGCUCUUCACCCAGACGACGACAGCUCUGGUGCUCAACACACACAACCACCUCCAGGGUACAAGUUGUCCCCAAGAGAGCUGAGACAAUAUUGGCUCCAAUUUUUAUCAUCUGAUUGAUCUCCAACCACAGACCCUGACCAGGACAAUUGGGGGCCCUCUCCUUAUAGCUCCACUCCUAGGAAAGAUCACCACUAAUGAUUACCAGGUGAUCAGGAUGCCCUUCUGUCAUCUGUCUACCUACAGCCUGGUUUGGGGCAUGGCAGCAGUGGUGCUGUGCGCAGCACAAGUGCAAGUGGUGACCCAGGAUGAAAGAGAGCAGCUGUACACUCCUGCUUCCUUAAGAUGCUCUCUGCAAAAUGCCCAGGAAGUCCUGAUUGUGACAUGGCAGAAAAAGAAAGCUGUAAGCCCAGAAAACAUGGUCACCUUCAGCGAGAACCAUGGGGUGGUGAUCCAGCCUGCCUAUAAGGACAAGAUAAACAUUACCCAGCUGGGACUCCAAAACACAACCAUCACCUUCUGGAAUAUCACCCUGGAGGAUGAAGGGUGUUACAUGUGUCUCUUCAAUACCUUUGGUUCUGGGAAGAUCUCAGGAACAGCCUGCCUCACUGUCUAUGUACAGCCCAUAGUAUCCCUUCACUACAAAUACUCUGAAGACCACCUAAACAUCACUUGCUCUGCCACUGCCCGCCCAGCCCCCAUGAUCUUCUGGAAGGUCCCUCGGUCAGGGUUUGAAAAUAGUACAGUGACUCUGUCUCACCCAAAUGGGACCACGUCUGUUACCAGCAUCCUCCAGAUCAAAGACCCUAAGAAUCAGGUGGGGAAGGAGGUGAUCUGCCAGGUGCUGCACCUGGGGACUGUGACUGACUUUAAGCAAACCUUCGACAAAGGCUAUUGGUUUUCAGUUCCACUAUUGUUAAGCAUUGUUUCCCUGGUAAUUCUCCUGGUCCUAAUCUCAAUCUUACUAUACUGGAAACGUCACCGGAAUCAGGAUCGAGAGCCCUAAAUGAGUCACACAGCACCCUGAAAGUGAUUCCCUGGUCUACUUGAAUUUGACACGAGAGAAAAGCAGGAGGAAAAGGGGCCAUUCUCCAAAGGACCUGAAAGAGCAAAAGAGGUGGGAGCGAAAGCUUAAGGAUCCCACGACUUUUUACUGCCAUCUGAGCUACUCAGUGUUUGAAUCCCAAGAGGAAGUCAUUUUACCUCUCAGGUCUGUUGUAGGACUUGAUUUUGUAAAGCAAUGCCAUGUUAUGUGGUUGAAAGAGCACUGGACUUAGUAUCAGGAGCACUGAGCUCACAGACUGACUUGGACUCCUACUGGUGGGGACCUCUGUUAGUCACUUUACCUCAUCCAAAGUAUAAAGGAAUUGGACCAAAUAAUUUACCACAUAGCUCUAAAACUUAAUUUAAAAUGUAAUUCUAGAAAAAAAAAGGGAAUAAGCAAAGAGGAAAGAAGUGAAAGAGAGAGAGAAGAAAGAAUACAGAGAGAUGACCUUUUGCCUUUCUGUUGAUGUUAUAUCCCUUCUUCCUAUAUUCUUAGGUCUAUGAGUCUGUUUCCCCAUCAUUUGGUAUCUAGUCCACUUCCUGCUUACUGCUUUGCUAAUAGCUGGCCUUGCUAGAAUCAUUGGUUUCACUGCUGUUCUUCAUGUGCUUCUGUGAGAUUUACUCCAACAAAAAUAGGACUGAAUUUAUUGUGAAGUAACAUUGGCAAUCUUAACUUAUUCAUUUAGCUUACCUAUUUUUAUAGCUGGAUAAAUAUUGUUAGUCUUAGAAUAGCUCACAUUUUUUGAGAAGCAUGCUUUCCCUGUCCAUUUGUCUUAUAACAUGACCCAGCCCUAUUUUAAGUCAUUCUAAAUUCAGCCUCAUAUAAUGAAAAUACAUUAUGAAAACAGAUGUUUAGGAGAUUUCCUGUAUAGCAGUCAGCCAAUUCAUAUGCUUUGUCUCUGCUGACUUCUGUUGCCAUGCAUUAACUUUUCAUAAUAGCAGAGGAGGCAAAUAUGAGCAUACAAUCCCUUUGUUCUAAAGAUAUUGUUCCAGCUAGUGGAAUGAUGUUGAAUCUUUAAUAACCGUAAGACCAAAUUAGUUGCUUUUUCAGUAUCUUUUGCUUUGUCUGUGUCUAUCCAGUGGCCUAGGAAUUAAAGUGUAAGUUGUUUUCACUGUUAUAUUGGAUAUUUAUAUAUAGAGACAGCGCGCAAGAUUUUCAUGUGUUAUUUAAUUCUGUAUUGUUUCUUAUAUUUGUAGUAAAAUAUUGAACAAUUAAAAGUGUUGGCUCCAAA